AGAUCUUGGUUCAGGAUACAGUACAAGGAAGAAUUCACAAGAUAAAAUGUGUAUAGAAUAAAAAACCAAUAGUUUUUGAGGGGAAAAUAUUGUCUUGCUGCUGUUAUGAUAGCUAUGGAGUGGGAAAAAGUGUCAUUCCGUUCAAACCAAGUGGUUUGAUUUUUUUUUUUUUCCUGGAUGUCUUUGCUUCAACAUAUUUCUUCCAAUGUGUAAUGCAUUUACAGAAAGAGUAAAAGCCACAAUGUGAAAUACUAAUAUUGAGCUGAUGAGUAGCAACAUUUAAGUAAAUAUUAAAUUCAAAUUCCAAAGUGGUUGAUAUUUUGAGAAGAGAAAAUUCCAUUAUUGCACCUUUUUGGAACAAGGAAUUAGAAAAUGGCAUUUUUCAAAAAUUUUCAGCAGAAUCUACCAUCAGUGUCCUCUCUGGUGAACACAAUCAGUAAUGCUGUAGAAGAUUUGACCACUGCUGUUGGGGAAGUCGGCUGUGCCUUAACUGACUCAGUUGCUGAACAGGUAACAAGUAUGAUAAAUGGCUUUCGCCCAGAAGAGGAAAAAACUGCAGCAGUAGAAGCUGAAGACACUUCUAAACAAGAAAAUGCCGUGUUACCAGAAGUCUCCAAAAACACUAAUUGUCAGAAAACACGAUCCAGUUUAGAGCACCGAGCAAAUCAAAUAAGUUGUUAUAAUACUUCAGUUUCGCAAGAGCAAGAUCAAGGAAUGAAUGAAGAAAGAAUGAUUAAACAUAUUCAUGGUAGGCAACAGAGUCUAUCAAAAUAUCAAGAAACCGAUAAUGCUGGUGAUUCUUCUCUGAAAAACCACACGUGUGAUGGUAGGAUAUCAGUUAUCAAGCAGAAUACAAGGGCUGGAUCUGCUUGUCAAGAUCUUGAAAGUACUGAGAGAUGUAAAAAAAUUGGAUUAGGAAUUUCCAGUAAUGGUAAGAAUGAUUUAAAGGAGGUAAGAUAUCAAGAAAUAAAAGAAAAUCAUUUAAAGAAAGCUGAAAAACAUAUUAAAGGUAAAGGAUCCAAAGGGAAUGAUUGUUCAGGAAAUGAAUAUUCUCCAAAAGGUGUUUUGGCAAGCAAUAGACAUAUGACACAGAAAUCCAUUAUGAAAGAAGAUAUAUAUCCAGCACUACCAACUAAUUCUAAAGAUAAGUUACAUGGAAAAAUCAAAGAACAAAUAAAUCCAGCAAAAUACUGCAAAAUGAAAGGAGACAUAAAAACAAAGAAAAAUGAGGCCAUUUCUGCCAAGAAAGGAACAGCAAAGAGUAAAGAUGAAAAAUAUUCUAAGAUAGUACCAGAAAAAGAUAAUUCCUACAUGGACAAAGAUGAGCAUUGUUCAUCCUCUGAAAGUGAAGAUGAAGCACUGGGUAAAUAUCAUGAGGCCUUGUCCAGAACACACAAUUCCAGACUGCCAUUGGCACAUUCUAGACAAAAGAACUCUACUUGGGAAACAAGACAAAAAUAUAGUCCUCUGUCUGCAGAGUAUGAUGGAUACAGUAGUGAAGCAUCAAUAGAUGAAGGAAACUGCAUUCAGAGAAUGAGAAGAACACCCCCACUGGAUGAAUUGCAGCCACCACCAUAUCAGGAUGACAGUGGUUCUCCCCAUCUCUCAUGUACACCCUCAGAAAUUGGGGACAGUAAAUGUGAAUUUUCCCACUGCAACAGUCCAAGAUGCUCAUAUAACAAGUGCCCAAGUGAAGGAAGUACAGGUCAUGAAAUAGAAAGUUUUCAUAAUAAAGGCUAUGAAGAAGAUGUUCCAAGUGACAGCACUGCAGUCCUGAGCCCUGAAGAUAUGUCAGCUCAAGGAUCAUCUUCACAGCUUCCUAAACCUUUUGAUCCUGAGCCAGAAGCUAAAUAUGGCACACUGGAUGUGACUUUUGACUAUGACUCACAAGAACAGAAGCUUCUGGUAACAGUGACAGCUGUCACAGAUAUCCCAACAUAUAACAGGACAGGUGGCAACUCAUGGCAAGUACACCUUGUUCUUCUACCUAUAAAGAAACAGAGAGCAAAAACCAGCAUCCAGAGAGGACCAUGCCCUGUCUUCACAGAAACAUUCAAAUUUAAUCAUGUUGAAUCUGAGAUGAUUGGAAAUUAUGCAGUUCGGUUUAGACUGUAUGGUGUACAUCGCAUGAAAAAAGAAAAGAUUGUGGGGGAAAAGAUUUUUUAUUUAACAAAAUUGAAUCUUCAAGGGAAAAUGUCAUUACCUGUGAUAUUGGAACCUUCUUACAAUCAUUCUGGCUGUGGCUCCCAAAUGAGCAUGUCAGAAAUGUCCUGUAGUGAAAGUACAUCCUCAUGUCAGUCUCUUGAACAUGGCUCGGUUCCAGAAAUUCUCAUUGGCCUGCUUUAUAAUGCCACAACUGGAAGACUAUCAGCAGAAGUGAUAAAAGGCAGCCACUUCAAAAACUUGGCAGCAAACAGACCACCCAAUACAUAUGUUAAAUUAACUCUACUGAAUUCCAUGGGUCAAGAGAUGUCCAAAUGCAAGACAUCCAUCCGCAGAGGGCAGCCAAAUCCAGUGUACAAGGAAACUUUUGUUUUUCAAGUGGCCCUAUUUCAACUUUCUGACGUGACACUCAUACUGUCUGUGUAUAACAAACGAAGCAUGAAAAGAAAAGAGAUGAUAGGCUGGAUUUCUUUAGGUCUGAACAGCUCUGGAGAAGAGGAGCUCAAUCACUGGACUGAAAUGAAAGAGUCGAAAGGACAGCAAGUGUGUAGAUGGCACGCGUUGCUAGAGUCGUGAUGGAUAGGAUAAACGAGCAAUUACCAGCCAAGGCAGCAUUAUUUCUGAUCACAACAUUACUGUUUUUACCUAGUCACUGUUAGAAGAGCUGUUCUUUGAAGAAUCCUCUUCAACAUUCUAUAAAAAAGCUUUAAAUUCUGUGGAAAUAACGUCUAAUACUGACAUAAAUGAAGGAAAAAAAUGUCUCUGGUAGAGCUUGUUUGGGAAAAUGAGAAAUGUGUAUCAUCCUUGUUAAACAAACAAUCCUCCAGAGCUUUAAGAACACGCUUUUGGUUUGAAGUUAAUUUUACUUUAGCAAAAGAGCCAGUAAUUUCAUGAAAAACAAAAAUUAAAAAUGAUUUUUAAAAAAUCAGAAUUUUUAGUUGCAACACUAUUUAUCACCCCACAAAUUAUCCAUAAAACGUAUUUCGACUGGCUCGUCCCUGGUGUUUGUAAUGUUCUUUCAUACAGGAAAGUAGUUCUCCAGCUCUAUCAUAAGUCAUAUCUAUGCUGAAGGGUUUCAGUCACAUUGAAAAUUGUUUUAUGUCAGAUAUUUCCCCCUUGUGCACUUAGUUUCAUUGUGCCUCAGUUCUUCUCAGCACUAAAUCUAAGUGCAAGCAAGUAUUCAUUUUCAUACAGGAAUUUCUUUUAUAUGUUAUUUUAAAAAAAGGCUCAUUUCUUCAUUUGCCUCUGCUUUUGCCUGAUCCAAAGAGACCGAGUCACUGGGCUGGUCCUUUGCAAGUCUUUUAGACAGGUUGUACUGUAGAACUCUGUAACUUUCUGUUGAAAGCACUUCCUGUAUCCUCGUAUUCCAAUGUAGGAAGCUAAUAGAGCAGGACUUUACUUUAAAAUUUCUUUGAAUGAUUGACUCCUUACAAUUGUAGUAAUGUGAAAAUACAUUUUUUACAAACUAAAAAAUAUAGUAGAUAAGCUGUUGAAAAUUGAAAACAACUCAAGUUAAAGACUGUUUUAAUUAUCUGCUCCGAGUAUUUAGUAACUAACACUGCAUAAAGCAGGUAGCAUUCACAUAAGAAACUGUGCUCUCUCUAAAUCUUCUUCAUUCUUACUUCAAUUUGUAUUUGUGAUAUAAAGACUCUCCAGUACUCAGUUUGAAUCAGAACAUCAUGUUCAAAACAGUUUUGAGAUUCCUUAUGAAGUUUCUAGUGACUUGUGACUAGAUUUUAUGAAAUUUAUGGAUACGUUCUUCAACGUGAUGUCAUCCUGUGCCUUUCAUGUAAGUUAAAUUUGCUCAUACAGCUUGAAAGUUGUAUUUGCAAAAUUAGGCCUUCGAUUUUUAUAAAUGAAAAGAUUCCUCAGAACAGUGUCACAACAUCUUUAUUUCCUCUGAAGUAUGUAAAAGUUGUAUAAUGUGCUAAUUCUUUAAAAUGGCAAGGCAUUUUCAUUUGUUGUUUUUAUAUUUAGGAACUCUGAUUAAUCAGGAAAAUUAUAAGCUGUCUUCUUUUUAAUUUUGCUUCUUACCCAAUAUAUAAUUUU